CAAAACCAAUAAUUAACGGUAAACUGCGUGACGGCUUAACAAAGACAAGUUUAACAAAAAUGUUAUGAGUAAAUGUUAAUAUAGUCUCCCUAAUAAUGCGUCGCGAAUGGACUUUCAAAAUGUGAACGGGAUGUUCAGGACACUUCCAAUGAAUGGAAGCGUUAAGCACAAAGCUAGCAGCUGUAGGCUACAUUAGGUUAGCUGCAGCACUUUGCGCACUUGGCCCCUGUUCGCUCACAACUGAAGUUACCUUUGGGGGGGCCUCACCCCUUCCCCUUCCCCAUCCUCAUCCUCAUCCUCAGGCAAACCCGUCAUCCAACCUAGCCCCCGUUUCCCUUCUUUCCAGCCGUACCUAAGCCAAAGCUGCCACUGCCAAGCUGUCAGACAUGUCGGGGCCUUUGCCAAGCCGGGCACGAGUGUACACAGAAGUCAACACUCAUCGCCCGAGGGAAUACUGGGACUAUGAGUCACAUGUUGUGGAAUGGGGAAAUCAAGAUGACUUUCAGUUGGUGCGCAAGUUGGGACGUGGGAAGUACAGCGAAGUCUUCGAGGCAAUAAACAUCACCAACAACGAGAAGGUGGUGGUAAAGAUCCUAAAGCCAGUGAAGAAGAAGAAAAUCAAACGCGAGAUCAAGAUUUUAGAAAACCUGCGUGGAGGUCCUAAUAUUAUUUCUCUCAUCGAUAUAGUAAAGGACCCCGUAUCCCGGACACCUGCUUUGGUCUUUGAGCAUGUAAACAACACAGACUUUAAGCAACUGUACCAAACUCUGACAGACUACGACAUCCGCUUCUACAUGUACGAGAUCCUCAAGGCUCUCGAUUACUGCCACAGCAUGGGAAUCAUGCACAGAGAUGUGAAGCCACAUAACGUCAUGAUCGAUCACGAGCAUCGAAAGCUGCGGCUUAUUGAUUGGGGCCUGGCAGAGUUUUACCAUCCAGGACAGGAGUACAAUGUGAGAGUCGCCUCGCGCUACUUCAAAGGACCUGAGCUCUUGGUGGACUACCAGAUGUACGACUACAGUCUGGACAUGUGGAGCUUGGGCUGCAUGUUGGCCAGCAUGAUCUUCAGGAAGGAACCAUUUUUCCACGGUCAUGACAACUACGAUCAGUUGGUGAGAAUAGCCAAAGUUUUGGGAACAGAAGACCUCUAUGACUAUAUUGACAAGUACAGCAUCGAGCUGGAACCUCGCUUCAAUGACAUUCUGGGAAGACAUUCUCGUAAACGGUGGGAGCGCUUCGUCCACAGCGAGAAUCAGCACCUGGUCAGCGCCGAGGCUCUGGAUUUCCUCGACAAGCUUUUGCGCUACGACCACCAGGCCCGAGUGACCGCCCGCGAGGCAAUGGACCACCCGUACUUCUUCUCCAUUGUGAAGGAUCAGUCUUGUAUGGCUGGAUCAGCCAACUUGCCAGGCGGUAACCCUGCUGUUUCUGCAGCCAGCAUGGUCACUGGUAUCUCUGCCUUGCCAGCCUCCACUGCCCUCGGCCCUCUCAGCGGCUCCACCGUCUUAUCGGCUAACACAAACGCCAUGAGCAGCCCGGCGGCCGCGGCCGCUGCUCUGCAAUGACAGCCAGCAUAACCUCUCCAUCUUCAGUCCAGCAUGACUCUGCCCGAAUGUGGAAAGGGCCAGAGCGGACAGCCGCUGCUCCACAUACCCUGCUAUGAUGGCGCCACAUAAACCUUUGAAUAGGAGGCCACCUUUCUAUUUAUUUAUUAUUUUUUAAUAAUUUGUUUUGUUUAGGUAAAAAAAAAAUUUUUACUUCUCCAGUAAGAUCCAAAAUGUUAACUUUAUAUCUGAAAUGAAAUUUUUGUCUCCAAAUUGUACAUUAGUACCUCCCUAGGAUUAUUUGGACAUUCUGAGCGUUGAGUCCAAGAGCAUGUGUUGUUUAUAACAUCUCAACAGUCCUGACUGUGACCUUUAUUAUGAGUCUGUGUUGUUUCAAAAGACCAGCAGUGACCGGACAAGAACAUGGAAGUGUUUUUAGGACCUCCUGGAGCGCAUUCUAUACAGUUUAAUUAAUAAUCCACAUUAUUUAACUCCAUAACUAAGGAGAAUCGCCAUGCCAUAUAGUCCAUCUCUUUGUUUCCGACAUGAAGCAAAGAGAUGGGCAUGGUGUACAACGUGUCUAUCUACCUUUCACUCAAUUGUUUUUUUUAAAUUGAUAAACAUUAAAAAUGAACUAUUUAUUACGCAUUUUCACUUGAGAUUCAACAAAUACAAUAACAAAUGUUUUUUGUGGGUGUUGGACUUUGUCCUCAGUGCAGCCAGAGAGGCAGGGAUUUGACAUCUCAGUUUUUCUGACCGAUUUGCCCGCGGUCUGCUUCGUCAGAUCGAGAUUUGUUCUUCUCUCUCAAGAAUCCACGGUUCUUCCACGUUUUCAAACGACCUCUUUCUUAAACAUGCUGCUUUCAACUCAUUGAAUGAUUUCAAGUGACUUUAACUUGAUUCACAUCAAGAUUUAACCAAAGUUUACUGUUAGUUGGAAGGCGAGACUGAAGAAAUGCAUUUCAUUUGAAUUUUUUUACACCGUCUUUCUGUUCCCUGUGAGAAGAUGAUCCUUUUCUACUGACCGCUGGUCAAAACUCCUUUAUGUCGUUUGGUCAGAUGAUUGGCUUCCACCAACACAACAGAAUCGAGGAUCUUUCCAAACUUGCUGGAUUUCACUUUUUUUUUUCUUUUCCAACAAGUCAGAACAUGACAGAGAAGGCGAGUAUUCUGAAGUGUGUCUGUGUAAAUAAAUGUUUUAUUUGUCUGAUAACUUG